AUGAGUCAGCGUUCGUUCUCUGCGGCCUGUUGCAUCAUUGGCGACGAGAUACUCAAUGGAAAAACUCGAGAUUCAAAUGCGAAUUAUCUCGCCAAAUAUCUGUUCGAGCUGGGAGUGGACUUGAAGAGAAUAGAGACUAUUGCUGAUGAUUACGAAGCCAUUGAAGAGACAAUCAAGCGAUUAUCGAGCCAGCAUGAUCUUGUGUUUACCAGCGGAGGCAUUGGGCCCACGCAUGACGAUAUCACCUAUGCAGCGCUUGCCAAAGCGUUUAAUUUACCUUUAAAGUUGGACGAGGAAACAUGCAUACGUAUGGAGAAGGCAUCUAAAGCCAAAAUCCCAGACUGGAGCUUGACAGAAGAGAGAAAGCGAAUGGCCAUCUUUCCAGAGCCAUCAGAAAAGUUGCGAAAUCAUGAUGAUUUGUGGGUGCCUGUUGUCGUCGUCAACAAGAACGUACAUGUAUUGCCCGGUAUACCAAGGUUAUUCGAGUCACUGCUAGACUCUUUAAAACCACAUUUCGAGGCAUUAAUGGGCGAGCGUCAAUCCUACCAUCGAGUCCAGAUUGCAACCAAGCUACAGGAAGGCAAGAUUGCGCCCUUCUUGACUGAACUGCAAGAACAAUGCAGCUCCAAGCAAAUCAAGAUUGGCAGCUACCCUAAUUGGGGCGAGGGCAAAGAUGGUGCUCGCGUAGUUGUCAGCGUGGUUGGUAAAAACGAGCAAGAUGUUAAUGCAAUUGGAGAUCAAAUUAUUCAAGGCAUUGAUGGGUGGAUCACGAAAGGCAAACUGUAA